GUAAUAGGUUUUGAAAUAUGGAAGGUGAGGGCAUGAUUUUGUCUCCUAACAUAGUCAAACAUGAAGCUUGGUAGGCCUAAAAUAGCAAAGAGGAGGGAUCCUAAUGAGGGCAUAAGUAACAUCAAUACGAUAUCAAGAGCAAGAGUUUCCCACAAGUGCUCUAAUUGCAGAUUUACUGAACACACAAGAAGAAUUUAUCCUUAUCCAUUCCCACUUGCCAUGCAAGUAACAAAUGAACAAAUAACCGAAGGACCACCAUCAACUCAAAGGAGAAAAUUUGGUUGGCAUAAAGGAAGCAAGAACGUAAUUGGGCAAUCUAGUGAAGAAUUAGCAAGGAACAAUUCUCCCACAACAACUUCAUUAGUAAUAAAGAGGGUUGAAGGAAGGGGAAUAUCUAUAGGUAGAGGUAAUAGAGUUGAAGGUGGACCACAUGUCAUAGGUAGGAGUAGGGGGAAGGGUAGAGGCAGGGCUAGAAUCAAGGUUUUAAAUGUCGGAUAUCGGGUUCAUGUCGGAUGGCUAAAAUCCAUGUCGGAUAGCGGAAAUCGGGGAUAUAUCGGGGGGCAUUGACUAAAUAUCGGAUUGUCAUAUCGGGUAUUGCACAUAUACAUAAUAUCAUGUCCUAAAUGUAAUCUAAGCAUUUAUAAAUUCAA